UGGUAAGCUGACUUUUCUCAUUACUUGUUCCAACUGGCUAGCACUCGAUUGUAUGGAAUGUCACGGACUUAUGCCCACGCAGCAUGCAGCCAUUUUUCACCUCGUAUUUGAUUGCUCUGGGUAUUUCGAUGCUGAUGGACUGUAUGCCUUGAAAUAGGUGUCAUAAUGUUUGCAAGAUCCUUUGCUUUCCGGACAAUCUCGUCGCAAAGUCCCAGGGGCUCUUUGGCUACCGGACUGCCUGCGUCAAGCCCAACAUGGAGAUUCUUCACCUCAAGCGCUGCUCGAAAAAAGGCUGCAGUCAAGGUCAAGCCGCAAUAUAGCCCUCCGCAGGCCAGAACGUCUCCGCAAGCCGAACAGAGUCUCAAAUUUGCCGGACGACGGGCAGAGGGAUUCGGAAAACUAGAACGGAAAGUUGCAAAGGAAGGCCAGAUCUUACUUUUCCAAGCGCCAUCGCAUCGCAGUUAUGUUUUAGGUGCCUACGGCAUUACAGCAUUCUGCUUCGCUUACUCCGUGUACAACUCUAAUGCUGUCUUCCGAGACCCGAUCGUCCCACUCCCAAUGUGGCAGCAGGCUCUCUUUGGCGGUAUUUGUAUCAUGAUGAGCGCCAUGGGCACUGUUUUUCUUUACAAAACGGGCCGGUUGAUCAAAACGGUCACUGCCGUUCAAUCUAAUGGGCAAACGUAUCUCCGCUUCACUGUUCGGAGCAUGCUUCCUUUCAGGAAACCAUUUGAGUUCAAUGCUUUGCCUAACCAAAUAGCGUUCUCUCGCCGGCUGGUUGUUACACAUGACUCCGUAGCUCGCAUGCAGCAGGCAGAGGCGUCUCAGAAUGGGAACGUGAACUUCUUCAGGGCACCUUCGAAGAAGCUGAGUAUGCUUCUGUGGAAACUAUUCCGGUCUGUCCGGCAAUUGUUCACUCAAGAAGACUUCAUCCUCUUGGAGGUGGAUGGCCAAAAGGGUGUUUUCAGGAUGGAUUCCGCGGGAUACGUAUCACAGGACUUUCUAGUAAUCGGCAAUCCCGUCAGCGUCCAGCGUUAGGUGAUUGACUGGUCGCUUGGUUGUCUAUCAACUUUCUGCAUAUACUAUUCAUUCUGAACAUGUCUGAUUACGUUAUUGUUCUAGGCUCUAUUGGCUGGGACUUUGUGCAUCUUGAACUCAUGCAACGUCUAGAUCUGUCCUUGUCCGCAUCCGCAACGGAUUCCCAUGUAUAAUUAAAAAACAACCCUUUUACACAAUAUAGCGUUCACGAGUCAUUGCAUUAGAGAACUUCAG